AGGUGAUUGGCCAGAUAGGAAGCCAUUUCCAAGCUAUCCGUUGAAUCAUGUUUAUUAUCAAACAGAGGAACCAAUUGAUGGAACUUGUUUGGACACAUUAUUUCCAAAUCUAAUGGUUGCCGACUUUUGUACGAAAUUCUGUAAAAAAGUAGGUUAUGAAGAUAUUGUUGCAUGGGUCAAAAAGAUAAAAUCUUUGAAAGGAAUAAUUGGCUCAUUCUAUAAAGGGGAUAAAUCAAUUUUCCAAUAUUGUGAUCAACUCGAAAUGGUAGCCACGAGGUUCGAAUGGUACAUUGAGCCGUGCUUAAAAAAGAAUGGUGCCGGCAUCAAACAAUUGGAAAUUGGGGGGUGUAGUCUAGAUACAUUCAUGGAAGAUGCCGAAUAUUUUCCAAAUCUUGAAAGACUGUUCAUUUUUCAUAGUGAAGACUGGCCAGCUGGCUACUACACAAAUGGUGCCAUAUUAAGCAGACUCAAAAUAGUUGGACUGUCCUUAAAUACUUAUAGUGAUUACAUUUAUCAUGGUUUCAAGUUCAUUAAUUCAUGUCCAAACUUACAAAGUGCACAUAUUAGAUUGUACUCUAAUCACAUUUUUGUUGAUGAAUCAAUGAAACACGAAUCUUUGCAAGAUUUGGUUUUACAAUUUUAUUCGGAUGAUUUCUGCUGGAAUCAAUUGAAAGAAUUGCUCAAGAAGUAUCCAAAUCUUAAACAUCUUGCACUGAGAGAAUUCAUUAGCCUGGAAAAUGAAACUGUGCUGCAAUUGGUUAACAUUUUACCCAAUUUAGUGUUAUUUGAUGCUCGUGGUUGUAUAAAAGUCACCCAGGAGGCUGCUAGUUAUGUCCAAGAUUAUAAUAGAUUACAUGGACGAUUAAUCAAGUUUUAUUUUGAUGGUAAUUAUCGUGAGAUUCAUUCAGACUGGCCUCAAUUGUCCACUAAGUGGGAAAUAAUAAGUCAAGGAUUUGAUUUCAUGAAACAUUGUUUUCUUAAAGAUUUUUAUGAUCUUCCUACUUUCUUGAUUCCCAGUGAAGACUAA